CACAACGAACAACAAAGUCGACUUCUAGCUACGCAGAAGUAACGAUAUCCAGCAAAUAUUAAUUUUUUUCUGGCUGUAAAAUUGCACCAAUGUUAAAGUUCGCAGUUUUAGCAGUUUCAUACCUGGCUUUUGUUGCGGCCUUCCCAACAAGUAAUCAACAACAGUACACUCAAACCGCCCAGCAAUAUCCUGCUCAGCAGGAGAUCAAGCCAUCACAGACGGUUCCUCAAUUAUCGGCUCACCACGGAUAUGUAUACGGACCUCAACAAGCCAUGCCCCAACUUUCACAAUAUCCUUCUCCAUCAACAGCUGCACCUGCUCCAGUUCCGGAGCAACCAACCCUCAAUAAUUUGCCAUUAGAAGUAAAACAAAGUGCACAGACCCUCUUUAACGAUCCUGACUUUCAAAUGCUGGCCAGAAGCCUUCAGUCUGGAACUGGAAGCAGUGGAUACAGUAAUCCGCUAUCCGCCCGCGACAUUCCUCCGUGCUCUUCCGACGGCCGCUCUGUGACCAUCGAUCAUCUCAGAAUCUCUCCAGAAUCACUUGUCCAAAUUGCUCGUCUUGCUCAAGCGUUCGGAACGAACCCAGAUUGGAAAAAGUUGCGUUUGGCUGACAUGAAAUCUGCAUUGGGGACGCCAAUGCAUUCCACCCAUCAGUAUGCUGCACGAUCUAUUGGUCUCUAAAUUGAAAAAGUAACAUUAUUUUAUUUAUGUAUAUAUUCAACAAUUUAAGUUAUCUAACUUAUUUCAUUUUCAUGUGUUUCUACUUUUCAAGGUAUAAAUACAUAUAUCCUU